GCACCAAGGCCGUGCCGCUCUCUUUUCUGCUUCCUUUGGACAGCUGUGGCUUGCAGCUUCAAGAUGGAAGCGACGCUAACAGCUAGCCAGAUCCGGCAGCGGUUUAUUGACUUCUUCAAGGAGAACAAGCAUACCUAUGUGCACUCGUCUUCUACGAUUCCCCUCGACGACCCCACGCUGCUCUUUGCCAAUGCUGGUAUGAAUCAGUUUAAACCCAUCUUCCUCAAUACGAUUGACCCCUCGCACCCGCUCGCUAAGCUGAGCAGAGCCACCAACACGCAGAAGUGCAUCCGAGCAGGGGGCAAGCACAAUGACCUCGAUGACGUCGGGAAAGAUGUCUACCACCACACCUUCUUCGAGAUGUUGGGGUCCUGGUCAUUUGGGGAUUAUUUCAAGGAACUGGCUUGUAAAUUGGCACUGGACCUUCUCACCAAGGAGUUCGGCAUCCCUGCUGAAAGACUCUACGUCACUUACUUUGGUGGAAAUGAGGCUUCAGGACUGCAACCAGACCUGGAGUGCAAGCAGAUAUGGUUGAAUUUGGGGCUGGCUGAGGGCAGGAUUCUGCCUGGCAGUAUGAAGGACAACUUCUGGGAAAUGGGAGACACAGGCCCCUGUGGCCCUUGCAGCGAGAUCCACUAUGACCGGAUCGGGGACAGAGAUGCUUCCCACCUGGUCAAUCAGGAUGACCCCAACGUCCUGGAGAUCUGGAACCUGGUGUUCAUACAGUUCAACAGGGAAGCUGAUGGGACACUGAAACCUCUUCCUAAGAAAAGUAUUGAUACUGGGAUGGGCCUGGAGAGGCUGGUCUCUGUGCUGCAGAACAAGAUGUCCAACUAUGACACCGACCUCUUCCUUCCUUACUUCGAAGCCAUCCAGAAGGGCACGGGUGCCAGGCCGUACAUGGGGCAGGUUGGUGCUGAGGAUGCUGAUGGUACAGACAUGGCCUACCGCGUGCUGGCUGACCACGCGCGGACCAUCACGCUGGCCCUUUCUGACGGGGGCAGACCUGACAACACUGGCAGAGGGUAUGUGCUGAGGCGGAUUCUCCGACGAGCUGUGCGCUACUCCCACGAGAAGCUAAAUGCUCCCAAGGGUUUCUUUGCUACUCUGGUUGAUGUGGUGGUGCAGUCACUGGGAGAUGCCUUUCCUGAGCUGAAGAAGGACCCGGAUGUGGUGAAGGACAUUAUCAAUGAAGAAGAGGAUCAGUUUCUGAAAACACUCAGCAGAGGACGUCGCAUCCUGGACAGAAAGAUCCAGAGCCUGGGAGACAGUAAAACCAUCCCUGGUGAUACUGCCUGGCUGCUGUAUGACACCUACGGUUUUCCUGCGGAUCUCACUGGGCUGAUCGCAGAGGAGAAGGGCCUUGUUGUGGACAUGGAGGGCUUUGAAGAAGAGCGGAAAAAUGCACAGCUCAAAUCCCAAGGGAAGGGUGCCGGAGGGGAGGACCUCCUCAUGCUGGACAUCUAUGCCAUCGAAGAGCUGAGGGCCCAAGGGCUGGAGGUGACCGACGACUCGCCAAAAUACAACUAUGCUUCAGAUCAGAGUGGUGCCUAUGAUUUUGGGAGCCUCGUGGCCACGGUGAAAGCCAUCCGCAGGGAGAAGAGGUUUGUGGAGGAAGUAUCCACUGGCCAGGAGUGUGGGAUAGUGCUGGACCGGACCUGCUUCUACGCCGAGCAGGGUGGGCAGAUCUAUGACGAGGGCUACAUGGUCAAGGACGACGACGGCAGGGAGGAUAAAACAGAAUUCACGGUGAAGAACGUGCAGGUCCGAGGAGGCUACGUGCUUCACAUAGGAACUCUCUAUGGAAGCUUGAAAGUAGGAGAUCAGGUCCACCUGUCUAUCGAUGAGGCCAGGCGGAGACCAGUCAUGAGCAACCACACGGCCACCCACAUCCUCAACUUUGCCCUGCGCUCCGUGCUGGGGGAGGCUGACCAGAGAGGGUCACUGGUUGCACCGGACAGGCUGCGGUUCGACUUCACAGCCAAGGGAGCCUUGUCUACCCAGGAGAUCAAGGAAGUCGAAGGGAUCACCAACCAGAUGAUUGAGGAGGCAAAGACUGUGUACGCCAAGGACUGCCCUCUCGCCGCAGCCAAAGCUAUCCAAGGGCUGCGGGCAGUUUUUGAUGAGACCUACCCGGAUCCUGUCCGUGUGGUCUCGAUUGGCAUCCCCGUGGAGGAGCUGCUGGCUGACCCCUCUGGCCCCGCAGGCUCUGUCACUUCUGUUGAGUUCUGCGGAGGGACGCACUUGCAGAACUCCAGCCAUGCUGGCCCCUUUGUGAUUGUUUCGGAAGAAGCAAUUGCUAAAGGCAUCCGGAGGAUAGUUGCAGUCACUGGGGCCGAAGCUCGGAAGGCCCUCAGGAAAGUCGGCAGCCUCAGGAAACUGCUGUCAGCCCUGGAGGCCAAGGUGAAGGUUCAGACGGCUCCCAACAAGGAUGUGCAGAAGGAAAUCGCAGAUCUCAGCGAGACACUGGCCACUGCUGUUAUCCCACAGUGGCAGAAGGAUGAACUGAGAGAGGCCGUUAAAGCACUGAAGAAAGUUAUGGAUGACCUGGACCGAGCAAGCAAAGCCGACAUCCAGAAACGAGUGCUGGAGAAGACCAAGCAAGUCAUUGAGAGUCACCCUAACCAGCCAUUGGUCAUCAUGGAAAUGGAAAAUGGAGCCUCAGCAAAGGCCCUGAAUGAAUCUCUGAAGCUCUUCAAGACCCACUCACCCCAGACUGCUGCCAUGCUCUUUGCCGUAGAUAACGAAGCCGGCAGAAUCACCUGCCUGUGUCAGGUACCCCAGGAGACUGCAGCCAAGGGCCUGAAGGCCAGCCAGUGGGUGCAGGAGGUGGCCGGCCUGAUGGACGAGUGCCUGAGCCAGCAGCAGGCGCUCGGGGCUGUGCGGCAGAUGCAGAAGCUGCUGGCGGUGGUGGAGGCUGCCCAUCUGCGAGGCACGCGCGGUCUCCGGCAGCAGCUCUCCGUCCUCCAGAGCCGCCUCCAGAGACCGGCCACCACACGCAACGAGACCUGUCCGCAGCCGGCAGUGCCCCUGAACGGACGGAUGCUGGGUCGGAGCGUGCGGGUGGGCCAUGACGUUCACUUCGUCUGCGACGCUGGCUUCGGACUGGUGGGCUCGGAGACACGCUCCUGCCGGCACAACCGCACCUGGAGCGGCACCCAGCCCUUCCGCAGAAGACCGGCAGUGGGGCUGGAGACGAUGCCCGCGGCGUGGGCUAGGCUUGUUUGCAAAGCCGCGGGGAGCCCCCCGAGGGCCAUUUCCCGUGCUGCAGGACCGGCAGUGGGGCUGGAGACGAUGCCCGCGGCGCGGGCUAGCCAGUGCGAGAGGAACCCCUGCCCCAUGGAGAGCCGAGCCUGCCGCCUGGCCGCCACCUCCAUCUCCUUCCACUACCUGCCGCUCCAGGCCAACCGCACUGUGCCCCACGUCCUCUUCACGAUGUCCACCACCCGCUUCGUCAGCGACAGCCUGCGCUUCUCCAUCCUGGGCAGCCGGGGCCAGGGAGUCUUCGCCGUGCGGCGUUCUGACCGGCAGACAGGAGAGCUGGUGCUCACCAGCCCCAUAGCGGGGCCAGCCACGCUGGAAGUGGAGCUGGAGAUGAGCGAGUUCUCCCGCAAGGUCCUCCUGGGCAAGCACAUCUUCAAGGUCACAGCCUUUGUGUCCCCGUACGAGUUUUGA